AUGGAGCUCAGGGAGACUUUGGGCAGCUACCGGCAAAGGGGCGGCGAGGCAGACUUUCUGCCAGCCACUGUCACCUCCACAAAGCCUCUGCCUGCCUCCAGCUGUGCAGGGGAGAUGAUGAUGCCUGUGACAGGCUCAGGGAAAGGGAUCCUGGUGAGCAGUGAGAGGCUGGAACCUGAGGAAGAGGAUGAGCUGGGUUCUGGGGGAGACGUGGAUUCCACUUCCAAUGCAGACAGUGAGAAAUGGGUGGCGAGAGAUGGCCUGGAGGAGCAGGAGUUUUCCAUCAAGGAGGCUAACUUCACAGGGGGGAGUUUAAAACUAAAAAUCCAGACCACCAAGAGAGCUAAGAAGCCCCUAAAGAACUUGGAGAACUAUAUUUUCCCUCCUGAGAUCAAAAUCAAUAUCAAACAGUUUGGGGAGCAGAAGCUUUCCAGAGCUAGGAAAAACAGCAAAGCAGCUAAAGAGGAGGUGUCCUGGUUUGAGCCAGGAUGA